AUGUUAUUGCCAUUCUCAUCAACUAAUAACGACAAUGAUUCAAAUAUCAUUGAUUUAUUGUAUAAUUUGUGUAAAGAAAAUGAAAUAGAAAAAGUUCGAAGUCUUUUACCAUUUAUUGGCAAUAUAAAUAUUAUAAAUAAAAUUCAAAAUUCAACCGGUUCAACAUGUUUACAUGUAGCAUGCUAUUAUGGACAUCGAGAUAUGGUACAAAUUUUAUUAGAAUAUGGAGCUCUACAUUCUAUAAGAAAUUUACGACACAAUUUAACACCUUAUGAAGAAGCUCAAACAGAUGAUAUAAAACAAUUGCUUUUAGAACAACGAAAAUUAUUUUCAAAUAAUGAUUAUGAUUAUAUUGAAUGGUCAAUAGUAGGCGAUGAUCUUCUUGGAAAACGACGUGAAUUUCGUGAAGCUAUUGAUUUAUACAAAACCUAUGAUAGUCAUCAUUUAGUAUCAAAAUUAUUAGCUGAAGUUAUUCAUUAUUAUUUAAAUGAAUAUCUGGUAAAUCAAAGUAAUGAUAUUGAUAAUCCGGAAGAUCAAAUUACUCGUAAACAAAUUGAAACUAUUGAAGCAUACUUUAAAGAAGCUAUAGAAAAACAAGAUUAUUUAACGUAUUUUAUCAAAGCUUAUACAUUAACAGAUUUUUUUUAUAAAGUAUUAAAUAAAAAUUUAGCUCUCUAUAUAUUAGAAUAUUUUGAUACAACAAAAACAUUUUCAUCAAAUUAUCGUCUUGUAAAUUGUCUUGUACAUAUUGUUACACUCUUAAUUUAUCAUCCAAAUUUACCUCAAUAUCAAUAUCAAGGUAUAUGUUAUCGUGGUAUGAAAAUAACACAAAAUGAUUUAGAUCAAUAUCAAUUAAAUCAACAUAUAUUAAAUCGGGCAUUUUUAUCAUCAUCUACUGAUCGUCAAGUAGCUAUGAUGUUUGCUGGUGAAGGUCAACAAUCUCAAAUGAGAUAUACACCUAAAAAUCAUUGUGCAUUACAAUAUUCAUGUUUAUGUCAAUAUUUAAUAAAACAAAGUUCAACAGCUGUGAAUAUACAAAAUUUAUCCAUGAGACCAGAUGAAAAAGAAAUUUUAAUUAUUCCAUUUACAGUUUUUAAAGUAAUAGCAAUUAAACGGAAUUAUCUUGAUGAUUCAACAGCAUCAAUUUCAAUUGAAAUUGAAUUAGAAGAAUGUGAAGAUCCAAUUGAUGAUAAAAAUGAAUCAGAAAAGACGAGUGAUAAAGCAUCAAGAUCAUCAUCAUUGUCAUCAUCUAAUAUUGAUAUCAAAGAUAUCAAAGAAUAUGUAAAAUUUAAACAACGAAAAUAUCGUUUAUAUGGAAUCAUUGGACUAUUGAUAUUAGCUAUUCUUUUGGCAUUAACUUUUACAUUCAUCUUUGUUUUUGUUGUUAAAAAAAAUUCCACACAAAAUAGUAUAAACCACACAACGACUACAUCAGAAACAGGUGAUAUUCUGGACUACGAAUCACCACCAGGCUGUCCCAAUAUAUUAAAUCGAUCUAGCUGGAAUGCACGGCAGUAUGUAUUGCGUGAGGAUUUAAGAACAUUCCCAGUCACACAUAUUGUUAUAAGACAGUUAACAGAUUUGACAUCAGUUGAGAAUCAGCAAGAUUGUAUUAAAGAAAUAAAAGAUGUUCAAGUUAUGCAAAUGGGUGAACUAGGUUGGGCUGAUAUUGGUUAUAAUUUUCUCAUAUGUAAUGAUAAUGAUAAUCAACAACAAAUUUAUAGAGGUAUUGGUACUCUCGGCGAUUAUGCUAGUAUAAAAUCUCUAAAUACAUUUAAAUCAUUAAUUCAAUGCGGUAUUAAAAAGAAAGUUAUUGUAAAAAAUUUUACAUUGGUUGGACAUAUAACUUCAAGUGAUAUUUACAAAUAUUAUUUGAGAUACUUCAACAAUGAUACCGAUCUUCAAUAUAAUAAUCAAGCCAACAGCGCAGAGAUUUUUUGUGAAUAA